CGUAAUGUGUUGUGUCGUAUUGUUGCAAAUCUUAUUUUGCUAUUACUAAGUUUAUAAUACAGGUUUUAAUAUGUGUUUCUGAAUUGCCCCGGACAUGUUGUAUAUUGUGAGUUGUUAUUUCUCCUACGGCGCUUGCGUAGCAUAAAUACAAAAUACAACAAUCUUUGUUUUCCUAACCGCUUCAAACCUUUCAAAUCUAAUUUUCAAUUUCCAAACAUGUCACACGAAAAUCUCUAAAAAUACAAAUUCGCUCAUCGUAUUCUUCUUUGAUGUACUUUUUCUAAGCCAUUAAUAUGAUUUCACCAAGAAAACAAGAUCAUGAAGAUGAUAAAGAAUUAAGUCUUUCUCCUGUCCUCACAAGAAAACGCUUCUCGAGAAAACAUGUGAAUCGUAAGUUUUACAAACCUUCUACUUCGCCAGAUGCAAAGCCAAAUAUACCAUCACCCACAAAGUCUCCUAAUUCAUAUAUACCAGUGCCUGUUAAAGAUUACAUUAAAAAUGCAGUACAUUCAGUUAAUAUUCAUCAUUCAGAUGAGCACAGUACAAGUUGCAGCAGUUUGACAAACUUUAAGCAACAGGUGAUUAAAAAUUGUGCUAUAUCAAGUGUGUUAUCACCUAAUAAAAGCCCUAUAAUAGUGAAUAAUCAAGUUUCAAUAUCAGAAGGCUCAAUUAAAAAUAAAAAGAGUUCUCCUAAACACAUAUUUCAAGAGUGUUCACAAAAUAAAGUAAAAUGUGCCUCUGGAGGAUUUGGAGAUAUGUCUGAAGAUGAAUUUCAUCAGUUUCAUAGUAAACAUUUGUUAAACAUUCCUAGAAAAGUAUUGGAUAUGCUUUAUGAGAAUAGCAAGUUUGCAGAAGGCAGUAAAACAACUGUAGAAUCUGAUACAUCACCUUGCCUGUCACCAUCCAGCAAAGAAUCGAUAUCUAGUCCGCGGAAUAUUUCCAAAAGGCCUAUCCAAACAUUACCACAGUGCAUUAAAGAAGAGGAUACUGAUAAAGAAGCUUGCAGUCAACCAAACUAUAAUGAUAGUACCGAUGAAUCGGUUGCACAUGUACCGCAAUACCAGUUUAUUCCAACAAAUAAUUGUAAAAACAAAGUGAAAAGUUCGUUUCUAACUAAAAAUGUAUUUGAUAAUUCACAAGUUGAUGAGCAUAUUGAAACAGAAAAAAGAAAUUUUAGUUUGUCACCUGAUUUACAGCGUGUGAUUCGAACGUGGACCGAAGAUGAAAAGAUAAUCGCUAACACCAAUCCUGAAAGAGCGCAGCGUGACGUCAGCGGAAACUUGUUUGGUAACCAUAGCAACGACUACAGUAACCAUGGGAACGCCAAACAACGGAGUGAAAUCCCGUUGCUUGGUUUCUCCUCCGAAGAAAUUGAAUUAAUCGAGAAGAAGUACCAAAGGUGUAAAGAAUAUUUAAAUUCAAUGGGUAAUAAGAAGAAUAAACUUAAACGACCAAGCGUCAAGAAAGUAGUGCAACAUACAAAACCAACACAAGGUAAUAAACAUGUAUUAAAUGAGAAUAGUAUAAUGGCGGUUUCAUCUCCUGUAAAUCAAACCAAACUCAAAUCACAAAAUGACAUCGUUAUUAAUGGCGUCGAAGUUGAGAAAAAAGAUGAUUCUAUUGCGCUGGCUGCUAACAAUCGGGUACAGAUUUGUAUAGGUAAUAAUCGAAUUCAAAUUAAUAUCAAAGCCGAUAAAAAACCGACAUCUUCUGAAACAUCUAAUGUACCUAAUAAGCAAGAUAGUCAGUCGACGGGUAAAUCCAUUGAAAUGCCUUCUGCAAACUCUGGAGAUAUAAAGAGUCAUGGUUUCUGGAGUGGUAGCAUCGACGAUUGUAAACACAAUGAUAAACUACCAAAUACUCUAAACAAGAUUGAGAAACUUGUUGCUUCGAUGCGUUCACCGUGUGUUGCGAAAAGUUCAGCAUCAAAUAAUUCAAUCAUCAACGGGAUUACCGAACUUUCCAGUAGUGGUUUUAAGUCAGGAUCAGGACAGGCUCUAUGCAAGACGGAACCUCUUGAAGAAAGCAGUAAAUAUAGCGGAGUAAUUAACAAGAGUAUUUCUUUCGAUGCAGCCUGCGGGUUUCAAUCAGGUGGUGGAAAACCAAUAAAGUUAAAUGCAAGUUUAUUAAACAAGGCUUCAAAAAUGUUUGAUGACUUGAAUGGUUCUUCUACUUCUGGUAGUGGAACAACAACGAGGGGAGAAGGUUUGACAAGCACUACUGGGAGCACCUCACCCACCACUCGAUUUUCUGCUGAUGUUACAAAUACUUCUUCAGACGAAUAUAAAGCUUUUGAAAGGAAGGCGUCUCCAGUUAAAGAGAGAAAAAUUUUAAAGGCAAAGUCAUUGUUGGGUAAGCAUCGUCGUGAAAAUGAAUGCGGCGGUGGCAAGGAAAAUAUUAGAAAGACAUUAUUCAGUGAUAACUUUGAGGGUUCUAAAAAUGUUGCUGAAAUUGUGCAGUUCGGUAAUGUCCAAACAUUUAAUUUUGACUUUAACGCUGGGUUUUCGAGCGCGUCGGGUAAGAAAAUAAAUUUAUCCCCGGACAAGCUGAAGAAAGCUUCAGAAAAAUUUCAAGAUUUGGAUUUUGCGAGUCCUAAACAAGGAAAUAAUACAAAUUGUGGCGGUUUCUCCAGCGCUGCGGGUAAAAAAAUAGAAGUGGACCAUGAAAAAAUUGCAAGAGCUACAGCAAAAUAUCAUUUUUUAGAUUUUGAGAGUGCUCAACAAAAGUACGGUUUAAAAGUUGAGUCUAAAUAUCCAGAAAUGAACACCAGCGCUGUACAAACGGGAAGUAUGAAAAACUGUAAUGCGUUUGGUGGUUUUUCUAGCGCAUCCGGAAAACAGAUUGAAGUGGAUGCAGAAAAGCUUCAAAAUGCUACUUCCACAUAUCAAAACUUAGGCAUUGAUUUUGAAUCUCCGCAAAUUCAAGUACCUCCGACAAGAAAUAUAGGCGGUGGAUUUUCAAGUGCCUCGGGCAAGAAAAUAACAGUUGAUCCUGAAAAAAUAAAAUCGUUUGCCGAUAAAUUUUACGAGAAUUCUGACGUGCCUAGUACAUCAUCAACUAAAACAGCUCCCGAAUUAAUUCAAGAUGUUGUUCAGUCGUAUGACAAAGCACUGGAACGUUUGAACUCAUCAAAAAAGUUUACAUCUUUUGAUGUCACUAAAACACCAGUUAGGAAUGAUAUAAUUGAGAGUAAGAAAGAAAAUUCAACACCAAUGAAACAAGUUUCAACAAGUGGUUUAGCCAAGAAACGAUUGGGAAUGUCAAGAGUAACAAAUAUAAGUUCGAUACCUAAAGAAAAGUUAGAAAAAGCGCGAUUACUCUUUGAUGAAUGCGAUAAGGACUUAACAAUCACACCUAUGAAGAGUUUCUGCAAGACUUCAAGAGUUCACCCGUACAACACUCCUGGACCUGCUGCCAAUAAUUAUUCAACUCCUCUUAGAAAUAAUAAUUUUUUAAAUGAAAUGAGUACCAAUAGAGGAAACGAUAAGUUAAUGACAAGCACUCCAAUGGUUCAAAAGGUUAGUAAUAGAAAUUUUGAUUUAGACUUCACUCCAAUUAAAAGUAAUGGCGGCAAUAAAAUUAAUAAACGUAGGAGAAAGAGUCUUAAUCAUGAUAAUAGCGAUGAUGACUACGAUGGCAUAUUGUUGUUUUGCGAAAAAUCUAAAAGUAAUUUUCAAGAAUUGCAAAAUGAUAUCGAUGCGGAGUAUUUACGGCUUAAGCGGAAAUUGGAGAUCCUCGAAGAACGUAAGAAAGCAUUAGAAUCUCAACGGUUGGUAGUUGAUCAAUGUGAUCAUGAACAUAAAAGACCACGACUUGGUAUACUUAGCAUACGUAAAACGAAACAAAAUCGUGUUAAACUUUUGGAGUUACCAGGAAUAAUCAACCAAAAAUCAGAUUGCUAUACCAUUGAGUUUAGAAUUCAAGAAAUUACUCCGCGCAACGCUGAACAAAUUCACUUCUUGUCGUUGGUUAAUGAUAAACCUGUGGUACAUUGCCUGGACGGUGCGAAGGUCAUUCCAAAUACACAUAAUACAAUCGGCUUGACCGAGAUUAACAACGCUUUUCAAGUCAUGCCUGGCAUUGAACCCAAUUUGAUUCCCAAAGGGUGGGUUGCCAAUCAUUACAAGUGGAUCGUGUGGAAAUUGGCAUGUUACGAGAGGAGAUUUCCGGAUGGUUUAAAGGAUUCAUUGUCGGUGGAUAAUAUUAUGCAACAGUUGAAGUAUAGGUAUGAUCGAGAAAUUGAUCGGGCAAAUCGUCCUGCUAUUAGGAGGAUUAUGGAGAAGGAUGACGUUGCUAAUAAACGGAUGGUUUUAUGUAUUGCGGACAUUAUACAAAUUUGUGGUAAAAAAAUCGAAUUAAUAUUGACCGAUGGAUGGUAUCCAAUUCGGACUAGCAUUGAUCAGUUGUUAAGCCAACAAAUAUACAAAGGUAAACUUGUUGUUGGGACGAAGUUGAUGAUUCAAGGUGCGGAGAUUUUGGAUUGUGAUGAUGGGUGUCAUCCUCUUGAUGCGCCUGAUCAUGUUAAAUUGAAAAUCGGCUACAAUAACACACGUCGCGCAUUGUGGCAUCUGCGUCUUGGUUAUUAUCACAUUCCAACCCCAUUUCCAAUCCAUAUUCGGUCGAUUCAGCCUGAUGGUGGAUUGGUAGCCUGCGCUAAAGUCUAUAUUGUGAGAGUUUAUCCAAUUCGGUAUAUGGAGGAAUUUAAAGGAAUGAAAAUUUGGAGAAAUGCAAAAGCUGAAGACAAACGUUCAUCUGAAUUUGAAAGGGAACGCAUAAAGGAGCUUGAAAAGAUCAAAAGUCAAGUCUAUGAUGAGUACGAGGCUAGUCUAAAGAUGUCAUCAAUUAAAAAGUUGGAUAAAAAUCAACUGAAAACAGUAACUUGUCCAAAACAAUUGUAUCAAUUGAUUGAGGCAUCCAAUGAUCCAGAAAGUUUUUAUAGUAUGUUAAGUUCAUCACAAAAAUCCUCACUUGUGGAGUAUAAACUGAAUAAUGCAUCAGCACGCCAGAAAGAGAUCUCUGACCGCAUUUCGAAAAAAGUGGAAGAGAUGAAAUUAGCUCGGCGAGAUGUCACACCAUUGUUGAAGGUUUUGGUGACGGAUGCACUCGAAGAUAGUGCAAAGUGUACAGUGUUAAAUGUGUGGAGGCCAACAGAAGAUCAGAUACAGAUUUUGCUGGAAGAAAAUUGUAUUAGUAUAUAUAAUGUUGUUAUGAAGAGGACCUAUGAGCUGAGCACUGUGAGGCGUACCAUGUUCCGCCUUCAUGAUGGAGUUAUCAACAAACGAUGUCAACGGCAACUGCUACCGAUUUCGAUGACAACCGAUGUUUACUAUAAGCCGUUGUUUAAUGAAUUUGAUACCGUCGGAGUUAUUGUGGAAUUUACAAUCGGGGAUUAUGAGCAGGAGGUUUGGCUGGCAGAUUUUGCAGGAAGAUUAUUGUAUGUGAAAAUUGUCGAUGGACCCAAAGUGUGCUCAUUGCUUGACACAGUAAGUAUUGGUCAGUCAAUUGGACUGUGCAAUCUUGUCAUGCAUACUCCACACAACGAGUUUGGUCAAGCAUUGGCCAAUCAGUACAGCUCACUAUCACAAUUUCCGCAGCAGACGUUUCUACAGCAAGGACUGGAACUCUUUAACUCCCAACUAUCGGAUGUGGGAAAACUUGUUAAUGACUGUAAAUUGAAGAUUGAAACAUUGCGCACACUCGUGAAUCUCAAACCGAUAAACAACUAUCAGGAUAAUUCUGUGCUGCAUACGACGAAGCCGCACCUCUUUGAUGAUUCGUUAGACGAGGACGCAACAAUUCCUUCGCGACUCACGAUGUUUGACGUUGCGAUGUCGCUUAUUGACACUGACAAAUUUGUUUAGUAUAGUUUCUGAAACUUGGUGAAACAUACUUUUAAAUUCAUGUUACCUUCCAUGUUAUUUAAAACAUUGCAUAUUUUAUUUCAGAGUCUAUAUUAUUAUUUUGUUUAUGUAUCUAUCUAGUUGAAAAAGUGACUGUUUAUGUUAUGUUGAAAUUUAUAUAUCUAAAAAUAUUGAAACGAUUACAGGACUUUGCCGAAUUGGCGAUAUUGCUUUUAA